AUGGCUGCUGUGAAUUCAGCUAUAAAUGAGCCAUGUAAAUUAUGUGAGAAAGGGAAAUAUAAAUGUCAAGGUUGCCAUCUAUCCUGUUGUAAACGACAUUUCGACGAACAUAGACAACAGUUGGCACGUCAAUUUGACAAAGUCAUUUAUGAACAUGAUGUUCUACAUGAAUUGCUCAAAUCGAAAGGGCCGAUCGAUAACGACAAAACUGAAGAUGAUUUCCUGCAAAAAAUCGACAAUUGGGAAGUCGAAACAAUACAAAAAGUAGAAUAUGCAGCUCGACGGGCUCGAGAACAAAUGAAACAACUAAUGAACCAUCCAAGGGAACGAAUCCAGAAAGAAUUCUGUUUGAUUACAAAUGAAUUGAAACAGAGUAGACAAGAUGACGACUACUUGGAACCAGAUUUCGAACGGUGGUAUCAGCAAUUGCAAGAUUUGAAAGAACAGCUCCAGCCCACAAGUGGUAAAAUUCAGAUAAACACGCAAAAGAGUGACGAAAUAGAUUGGCCAACAUUGAUUAAAGUAGAUACAAUAAAUGGAUCUGUUGGAGCAACUGGGCAGAAGGCUUCAGACAUAAACGUACGUAUGCGUUGCAUUGAUUUGUAUCAAAUAAAGCAGGACACAUCACAAGCUAAACGGACAAUAGAAUUAAAAUGA